AUGAUUGAUGAAAAUGGUAGGCGUAAAUUUAGAGUUUAAGAGAAUACAUUCUUCCACUGGCCUAUAAAAGGUCUAGAUAUUAACAUGUGGGGUAUGCCUAACUAUGAAGGAGAUAUAAAUAUAGGUUUAUAUCUAAAAGUUAAAGGUGAGAAUUCUUUUGAAUACUUUAAGCAAGACUAUAAAUUAUUCGAGGAAUUCAUGCAUAAAAAUUAUCCAGACACUAUUUACUUAAUGCCUAAUAUGAAGGAAUUUUAUGAUAACUCAUAAAUUACUAGAUUGCUUAAUAUGAAAUGUUCUCCUUGGAAUUUUGGAAAUUUAUAGUUAAUAGGAGAUUCUGCACAUUCCAUGAAUCCUUUUAGUGGAUAAGGAUUUAAUGGUGGAAUGGAAGAAUGUGUGCUUAUUGCUGAUUUAUUAGAAAAAUUUAAAGGAAAUUGGAGUAAAAUUAAUCCAGAGUUUUUUUAAUUAAGAAAAGAUGUGACCGACAAAAUGAAUGAUUUUCCUGAUACAUAAUUUUCAUUUUUUAAGGAUAAAUUCUAUGAUAGAUAUAGUCAAGUAGGAAUUAUGAUCACUGAUUACCUAUGUAGAUUAUAUGGAGAUAUAUUUGAUUCCUAAAUAUAGCUGAUAAGGUGGACUACAACUGACUAUAAUAUUUGCCUAGGAAGAGGCUAGGUGCAAGCUCAUCUUAUAAAUGAACUGAGAUAAAAAGUUCCCGAUAUCUUAAACUUGAUUAAAGCUAACAAAUUAGAUUAACGAGUUUAUGAUAUUGUGUCUUAAUACAAGGGAGUGCAUAAUUUAGAGGAAUUUUUGCGUGAAAAAAGUAAUAAAGAUCAGAAAGAGAGUAGUAAAUAUACUUUUGAAAAUCUCUUUGAGAAGUAUAUGCAUGGGUACUAGAAAAAUUAACCUAAACUUUGA